AUGGAUUCAAUGCGUGAUUCACAAAGUUUGGUGUCGGCGGCCAGUGUUGGCGACUAUGGGACUGUUGAGUACAUUCUGUCCAACAAUUUAGAAGAUGUGAAUGGAGUGAACGAAUCGGGUUGGACUGCACUCCUGUAUGCGGCAAACUAUGGCCACUUCAAUAUCAUUAGGCAUCUUAUCCGUCACAACGCGAACGUCAACUAUCAGGACAGUCAGGGCAGGACUGCCCUAAUGUUGGCCGCAUGUAAUGGUCACACGCGUUGUAUCGACGCACUCGUCAACUAUGGAAAGGCCGACAAAUAUAUGGAGGACUUGAAUGGCGCUAAUGCUCUGAAUUACGCCACAAACCACGGACACGGAAACAACAAACUCAUCAAAAGUAUGCUCUCGGAGUCGUCCGAUGGCUUUGAAGUCUAUCAACUGAGGGGUCGGUCCUAUUCGCACGUGAAGGCUGAGCCCAAACCAAAUGAAAGUCUGGGCUCAACCCUGAGUCUGAGCUCUAACUCUGCCACCGAAGAAGGCGAUCACAUCUUCAAUCCGUGCGGAAAGACUCCGUUCUCUAACGCCAUUUGGGGAACCGUUAAAAGCGAUUUGAAUCCAAAGGCCAAGAAGUUUGAGCCAUCAUUCCUGCACUCGAAUAGUGAUAGUUUGGAUCACUCGUCUCAUUCAUCGAUGAGUUCUUCAGUAAUCUCUGCGCCGCCAAACUUCAAGCGUAAACUAUUGGGCAAAAAGCAGAGCUUCCGAAAGCCCUCUAAAUCAGCAAUAGUUCCCAUAUCUGCUCCGAUGCCAAAGACAUUGUUUCAUCUGUUGACUCGAAUCGAUUUGAUUCACUACUUGGAUCUGUUCGAAAACAAUGGCAUCGAUUUCAUCCAAUUCCUCACUCUAACCGACGACGAUCUCCAGAGCCUCGGAAUCGCAUGCUAUGGACACCGGAAGAAGUUAUCGAUCGCUCAGCAGAGAUAUCACGAGUCGUUGGACAUAAACUGCACGAAUGAGUCGUUUUUAGCCGACUUUCUGCUGAAUGAGAGAACUUUUCUCAAUCAUAAGAUUCAAGCCUUAGAGCAAAGAGUGAAGGAUUUGGAGAAAGAUUUUUAA